AUGGCCACCGAAGCCAUCCAAAGCCGCCCACGGAAGAAGUGGUACCAGAUCCAAUGGUACGCCGAUGUGGAUUCGCCAGCGGACCGCAGGCUGAUCAACAAACUCGACUUGCUUAUUGUGCCGUACGCCGUGCUUUCAUACUGGGUGAAAUACCUCGAUCAGUCUAACCUCAAUAAUGCCUACGUUGCUGGCCUUAAGGAAGACCUUGGCUUUCACGGCAACGAGCUAGUCCAACUCCAGACAUUUUAUAUCAUCGGCGCCGUAGUGGGGCAGAUUCCGUUUAUGUUCCUGUGUACCUACUGUCCGAUGCAUUGGACUAUACCGGCUCUAGAUAUUCUGUGGGGUAUCUUUACGCUAUUACAGUAUAGGGUUACGGGCUAUGCUGAGCUUGCUGCCUAUCGAUUCCUCGUCGGCUGGUUUGAAGCUCCAUUCUAUCCAGCUAUGCACUACAUCCUCGGAUCGUGGUACCGGGGUGACGAGAUUGCUCGCCGAGGGGGCAUCUUCUAUAUUGGACUCUCCCUUGGAACACUCACCUCUAGCCUUAUCCAAGCUGGCGCGAGUGCAAGGCUAGAUGGUGUUAAUGGCCUUGCCGGCUGGCGAUGGAUGUAUAUCAUCUGCGCCGUGAUUACUAUUCCCGUUGGCAUUCUAGGAUAUUUCGUCAUCCCCGGAACGCCCCAACAGCCGAACCGUAUAGUUCUGUCGCAGGAAAAUAUUAAUCGGGCCUCUGACCGGUUGGCGCGUGCUGGCCAUGUUUCCCAUGGAAAGAAUAAGUUCCCCAACUUAAAGAUCCUGCUCGCCCGACCACAGUUCUGGACAUGCCUACUCCUCUGUUUCCUUUUCUGGAAUUCUGGAGUCCAUACCAGUGCCGGUACUUUCCUUCUAUGGAUUAAGAGCUUAGGCCGAUAUAGCCAAGCCCGUGUGAAUGAGCUCGGCAGUAUUGCUCCUGGCCUUGGAAUCUUCUAUACGGUGUUCAUAGGCUUUGCGUCUGACCUCGUCCUAGGCCCGGCGUGGGCUAUUACGGUCUCCCACACGUGGAACAUCAUCGGCCUUAUUAUCCUGACAGUCUGGAAGGUACCGGAGUCAGCCCUCUGGUUUGCCUACGCGACGAUAUACUCUUCUUAUGCCAUGUCAAGUGCGCUGUAUGGUUGGGUUAAUACGCAGCUUCGGGCGGCGCCGGCUGAACGCGCCUUCACAAUCGUCCUUAUCAACUCCUUUGCACAGUCCACCACGGCUUGGACGCCUCUUCUUUUGUACCCUACAGUCGAAGCACCGAGGUUCCCCAAGGGAUUCCCAUUUUCGCUGGCUUGCUCCAUUUUACUGGUCAUCACCUCCCAUGCCCUGAGGCUCCAUCUCCGGCGAAGCGACCCUGGUGUCGAGAAUACAACUGGCUUGCCUGAUGAGGUAUUCGAAUCCAGAUCUGUGGCGGAUGGUGGAGAGUCGGGAACUGGCCUUGGUGAAAAGAGGGAGAAGGAGAAGGUCGACGACUCAAGCAAUUGA